AUGGACAACAAACGCAGGUCGUCGGCCAUGAACGGCGCGACAGAUGCUCAAGAGCCCAACGCAAAGAAGCAGAAGCUUGCUGCGAAAUACAACCUUAAGGAGCAAGAGACAGUCGAGUCCACCACUGAAUAUGGCCAUUUCUUUCUCGAGCAAAUCCGCCGAACCGCUGACAAAAAUGGACGCAAGGUCUCUGGUUACUUCGAGUCGCUGCCCGAUAAGGAUAGCAACCCCGAAUACUACAAGAAGACGAGAAUGCCUAUCUCACUCGCAAUGAUCGAGAAGAAGCUCGACCAAGGAGACUUUCCCACCCUCACCGAACUUGAAAGUUACUGCAAGCGCAUGGUAUCAAAUGCCAAGGAGUUCUACCCUCGCGGGAGUCAGCUCUUCGAAGAUGCAGAACGGGUCCGGAAGGCCCUGAGUAACUUCAUGACCAAGUACAACCCUGCUUACGCGAGAGGUGGUUAUACGGCCGUUCCCACCCCCCUGCCUGCCGAUGGCACUGCGGACGACGUAGAGGAAGAUGGCGAGCCUGUUUCUCACUCUACAAGUGGCCGUCGCAAGUCUCAAGCUGUAGCCAAGUCUCCUGAGCAACAGGACGAUGCUGAUGGCGAUGAGCAAGAAGACACUGCCGAAGUCGACGAUGGAGAGGACGAAGAGGAAGAGGAAGACGACGACGCCGAGGGCGAAGAGGACGAUGACGAAGGAAGUCAGACAUCCAGGCCCGCGACUAUCCUCAUUCGUCGUCGAGGACCAGGCAGACCUACCAAAGGGACAACGCCACGCAAGACAAAGGCACGGACCGUCACGCCCAGCCGCCCUGACUGCGAGUAUGAGGGCAUCCCCUACAAGGGCCUCAGUUUUCAGGCUGCUCAGGAGAAGAUCGUGGAGGAGAUGAUCCGGAGCAAGGAGGAUGGCGGUCAAGAGCCCUAUUUCGAACCUUUCGUCAACCUUCCUCCCCGCGUCUUGAAAGAUUACUACAGAAUUGUGAAGGAGCCUAUCUCACUGAAAAAGCUCCAGAAGUCUGUGAAAGGUGUCAAGGGCCGCAAUGAGGCUACCGGCACCAGCGAAUUCAAGACCUGGGCAGCAUUCGAGGAGACGGCUAGCUUGCUCUGGAAGAACGCUUUCUUCUACAAUGAGGAGGGGAGCGAGAUCUACGAGCUGGGCCAAGAACUCGAGGAGUUCUUCAAGAAUGAGUUGAAACAAGCCAAAGGCGCUGUUCAAGAGCCGGCACAGCCUAAGAUCAAGCUCAAAGUCCAGCAACCGGCGCCUGAGCAGCCCGCACCUUCAUCGAAAAGGAUCACAAUCCACGUGGGCGGCAAGAGCGACUCGGGAGAGUCGCCUGCACCCCCGAUCUCCCAGUCAGCUGGACACCAGGUCGGCGAUCAUGCGUCUAUCGCCAACGGCAUCACGCGCCAGAGUGGAACUCCAGCUGUUCCGGCUGCGAUGGACAGGAUUCACAGCGUCUCCGUCGCCUCGCCAAGCCCCUCGAUUGUCAACAAUGUCAAGCGAGAGGAUGCAGCCCGCCCCUCCCCAACAGUGACACCCGGUCAUACUAGCACGCCCUCAGCCUUUCCGCCGCCCGCUACUGGAUCGGCUACAAAUCUAUCUAAUGCGACCUUUCAGCCUAUAGGUGUUGCGCAGCAUCAGCCGCAGACAAAUGGCAUACAGCAGCAGCCGCAGCAGCAGCAGAAACCUCUGUGGGACCAGACGAGACGCGCUCCAGGCAAAGGAGCUGCAGAUGCAUUGAUCAGCAGCCUCAGAGUCCAGACGCACCCAAUGAUCAAUGUUGAGCGGCGCUUCGAGAUUACUAUGCUACCUCUCGAGAAAGAGGCACAACAGUCCGUGACGGUUCACAUGCAGCCCAGCCACUUGAGAGUCCAGCUCAUCCUGGUCGUGCCCUCGUUCCUGGAGAAAGAAGGACGUCAGUGGAGACUUUUUGUAUCGGUUAACCGCCAGAUGGCCCACCAGGCUCACCCUGUUCCCGGUCAGGUGCUGCCUCUCGGCGCCCGCGUCUUUGAAGCCCAGCUUCAGGCUGGAGCUGUUAACAAUAUUGAGGUCUCCAUUGCGGCUGCUUUGCCCAAGGGUCAAAAGCUGUCCAGCGGCGCUGAUUUCGAAGUGGAGCAGAUGACGGUGUUUGCUCACGUGGCCAAGAACUAG